AUAUUUAGUUUAUUCCCCUGUCAGUAUCUAAACAUCAAUUUUCUUCACUUUUGUUAGGUUUAAAAUAUCUUUCUUAAUAUUUAUCAUAAAAUACUUUUUUUGUUUCCUUUUAUUUACUAUUAAAUUUUUAUUUUUAUUUAUUAUUUUUUUUAUAUAAAAAAAUAUUUAAUUUUUUUAUUUUAUUCUUAAUAUUAAUUAUUUUUUAAAAUUAAAUGCAAAAUAUAAUAUAAUAAAAUUUAAUAAAAAGAUUAUAAUAAAAUAAUGAUGUUAUUACUGUUUUUCUUAAUGGGAUGUGGCCAGUGAAAAAUGUAUUAAGCUAUUUGUCACUCAUCUGACUUUUCAUCUCUUGUUACAAUUUUUGGACAUUUCUUUCUGAGAUUCUUGCUCUCAGAAACUCGGAUAUUACUCUGUUCUUCAUCUCCAAGAAAACGAUUAUUAGACAAACAUCUGUGUAUUUUUUAUUUUUAUUUUUUUGUGAUGGAUAGUUCGGAGAAUGCAAAUGUUUCUUCACCGACAAGUUCGAGUUCUGGAGUAGAAUUCACAGCACUGCGGUUCUUCCAAUCCCCUGUAUCCACUUUGCUUGAGUAUUCCGGACUCUUUCGGGUCCGACCCGAUAACCCUGAAACUGAGUCUAUUAUUCGAGCUGAAAGUAAUAGUGUUGUUACCAACGACAACGCUGAAUCAAGUACCAAUAGCAAUAACAGUAGCAGUGGGGAGGUUUCAAUUAGGAUAAUUGGUGCAGGGGAGCACCAAGGGGAUGAGGAGGAGGAUGGGUCAGUGAUGGAUGGUGGUGGGGUUGAGGAGAGGGGCUCUACUGUCGACACGUCCACGGUGCCUAUUAAUUCUGAUGCUGCUGCUGCUAAUAGGGAUUCUUCGUACCAAAGAUUUGAUAUACAGCAAGUUGCUAGGUGGAUUGAGCAGAUUCUUCCAUUUUCCCUUCUUCUCUUGUUUGUUUUCAUCCGCCAGCAUUUGCAAGGUUUCUUUGUCACAAUUUGGAUAACUGCCGUCAUGUUCAAGUCAAAUGACAUUCUUCGGAAGCAGACAGCUUUAAAGGGAGAGAGAAAGAUAGAUGUCCUUGUUGGUUAUUUUGUUGUUUUUGUGAUUCAUGUUAUUGUAAUCUACUGGUGGUAUCGGAAUGAUGACCUUUUCUAUCCGUUACUUAUGGUUCCUCCGAAGGUUAUCCCACCUUUCUGGCAUGCUAUUUUCAUCAUCCUGGUAAACGAUACGAUGGUGCGGCAGGCAGCAAUGGCUAUGAAGUUGGUGCUGCUUAUGUAUUACAAGAAUGGAAGGGGCCACAAUUUCCGUAGACAGGGUCAAAUGCUGACUCUGGUGGAGUACAUGCUGUUGUUAUACCGUGCAUUGUUACCAACUCCUGUCUGGUAUAGAUUCUUUCUCAAUAAAGAAUACGGAAGCCUUUUCUCAUCACUGACAACAGGAUUAUACUUGACGUUUAAGCUUACCUCAAUUGUUGAGAAGGUAAAGUCAUUCUUUGCUGCUUUGAAGGCAUUGUCCAGAAAGGAAGUCCAUUAUGGGUCUCAUGCCACACCUGAGCAGGUAAAUGCGGCUGGUGAUCUGUGUGCUAUAUGCCAGGAGAAGAUGCAUGCACCAAUUUUGUUGCGUUGCAAACACAUCUUCUGUGAAGACUGUGUCUCAGAAUGGUUUGAAAGAGAGAGAACGUGCCCUCUGUGCAGAGCAUUGGUUAGACCGGCUGAUCUAAGAUCGUAUGGUGAUGGAUCCACUAGCCUCUUCUUGCAGCUAUUCUAGACUACUGAUUAUCCUUCGCCAAAGUAAAUAUUGUCCACAUCUUUUGUCCACCUGACAUUACUUGAUUCUGGGGUUUGCCCUGUUAAGAUUUCUGCUAGAAUGCAUCAUUAAAAGAAAAAGGCUGCACUCUUCAUUGGUUCAGAUUCUUUGAGGAAGACAUAUACAUCUACUCCCUUAUCAUACAUAAAUCGUUUUUUCCCUGCUAUGAAGAGAUGUAUGUGCCCUGUAAUACUUUCCCCAAAAAAGAGAAAAGAAAGAAAAUGUAUGUAGUAAUAUCACAAUUUAUCAACCUUAGAGCUGAAAUUUUCGUUU